AAUUUUUUUUUCUUUUUUUCUUUUUCUUUCUCCUUUCCCUUUCCCUUUCUCUUUCUCCUUCCCUUUUCUCUUCCUCCUUCCCCUCGGAACCUAGCAGGCCUGGGUUCGACAAACCCAGGUCGAACCUAGGGCUAGUGUUGGCUGAACCCAGCCCUGGGUUCGUCGAACCCAGCCAGCCCUGGGUUCGACGAACCCAAGUCGAACCCAGGGCUGGUGUUGGCUAGAGUUAUGGUGAGGCCUAUUCUCAAUAAAACCCCCUAUGAAAUUUACAAAGGAAGAAAACCUAAGAUUUCCUACUUUAGAGCUCUUGGUUGUAAAUGCUUUGUCUUGAACAAUGGAAAGGACUCUCUUGGAAAAUUUGAUUCUAAAAGUGAUGAAGGCAUCUUUGUUGGAUACUCUACUUCUAAUAAAGCUUACCGUGUGUAUAAUAAACGUACUAAAGUUAUUGAGGAAUCUAUUCAUGUGGUAUUUGAUGAGACUAACCCUAUUUGCUCUAGAAAGUUUUGUACUGAUGAUGAUGUAGAUGCCAUUGGAAAACAAAUAAAAGAUAUAAAUCUCAAGGAGGACAACACCAAGGAAGCUCAAGAUGAGAAAAAUGAGGAAGACAAACAUGAAGAAGUGCAACAAACACAUGAGCUAAGAGAACCAACUUUCCCAAGAGAAAGAUCAUAUGUCAAAGUAGAGUCGGCUCAAGCAUUUUCACAACCGGCUCCACCAAAAACCCGAGAGUCUUCUCUCUCUAGAGUUAAGCCGGCUCCAAGACUAGAGCCAGCUCUCCUGCAACUUUUUGAAUAUUCGGGCUUCUCUCUCUAGAAUUAAGCCGGCUCCAGGACUAGAGCCGGCUCUCCUGCAGUUUAUGACUUUUGGUAUUGAUUGUCUAUGAUUUUGAUGAUUAUAUGCUCUUAUUGAGGGGAAGUUUAUUGGUUGAUGACUGUAUUCAUGACUUUGGUUGUCUAUGGUGCUAUAUUGAUGGUGAUUGAUGAUUAUAUUCAUUACAUAUUCUUGAUGCUUUAAAGGUUGAUAGCAUGAAUUAAGGGAGAGCAUUUUG